CGUCCAAGAUGGCCGCGCCCUGGAGCAGAGCUGCAGCCGAGUUGUGUAAGCGGCUGUUUGACAGUUGAGGAGCCGCGGGUCGUGAGUUCCACCUGCAGAGAGACAGAGGAGCGAGAGACCAGGUCCCAUCGUCCUCAGAGCCGCAGACAUGAGCCAGGACGAGUUCACACUUCCUAAGGACUUCCCUAAGCUCCUGAAUGAUACAUUCCUGCGAGCAGCGCGAGGAGAAGAAACUGAACAUGUCCCAGUCUGGUGUAUGAGACAGGCUGGCAGAUAUCUACCAGAGUUUCGUGAGGCCAGAGCAGGGAAGGAUUUCUUUGAGACCUGCCGGUCACCAGAGGCCUGCUGUGAUCUCACUCUGCAGCCUCUGAGACGUUUUCCCUUCGAUGCUGCCAUCAUCUUCUGUGACAUCCUGGUUGUCCCACAGGCCUUGGGCAUGGACGUCCAGAUGGUGCCAGGUAAAGGUCCCACAUUCCCGCAGCCCCUGAAGGAGCCAGAGGACCUGCAGAAACUUCGGGUCAAAGUGGACGUGGCCAAGGAGCUCGGCUACGUCUUCAAAGCCAUAACACUGACCAGACACAAGAUUGAGGGCAAAGUGCCGCUCAUAGGAUUCACUGGAGCUCCCUGGACGCUGAUGUCCUACAUGAUAGAAGGCGGUGGCUCUCCCACUCACUCUAAGGCGAAGCGGUGGCUCUACAGACACCCGGAGUCCAGCCACAUGCUGCUGAAGAUGCUGACAGACGUGAUAGUGGAGUAUCUGCUGGGGCAGGUGGCCGCAGGAGCUCAGGCUCUGCAGGUGUUCGAGUCCCACGCUGGCAUCCUGGGACCCGUGGAGUUCAAAGAGUUCUCUCUGCCUUACCUCCGGGACAUCGCCUGCCGGGUCAAAGACAGACUGAAGGAGUCUGGGCAGGAUGUUCCCAUGAUUGUGUUUGCAAAGGAUGCUCACUACGGGUUGGAGGAUCUCACUCAGUCUAAUUACGAGGUUGUCGGGCUGGACUGGAGCAUUGACCCCCGCUCAGCACGGGAGCGCACAGGAGGGAAGGUCAGCCUGCAGGGAAACAUGGACCCUUGUGCUCUCUACGCUCCAAAGGAGCGCAUCUCCGAGAUCGUGAAGAAGAUGCUGGAGGGUUUUGGCACACAGGGCUACAUCGCCAACCUGGGCCACGGCCUUUACCCCGACAUGGACCCCGAGCAUGUGGGCGCUUUCGUCGAAGCCGUUCACCUACACUCUAAAAAGAUGAAUAAACAAAUAUAAAGGGAAAUGUGUGUUUGACAAAAUCCCCUGAUGAUUUUGAUGGAAAAAUAAAUUUGAUUUUUUAUUAAAAAGUAUGAAAAUUACCAAGCAUUGUUACCAUUAAAAAGGUAACAUUUUACUGCUUCAUAUCUGUUUCAGCAUAUGAAAAAUGACUUAGAUGAUAUAUGUUUAAUUUAAAAAAUGUCUGCAUGAGGCGGAUGAACAAUGGCAAACAGGAAAAACAACAAAUUAUUUUACGUGUUCAUUUACAUAAAUUCAAUAUCUUCUGCAGAUUUUCAGGAGAAAACAACAUGUUGGUUUUCUAAGACUCAUCUAUAAUAUGUUGAUCUGACCAGGAGUAGAUUAUGUGUGUGGAUUGGAGCAGGAUGAUAUUCUUGCAAGUACAUGUCCGUUAUAAACGCAUUUUCAGUGGUA